UGUAAUAUACUACCCGUGUAUAGUAGUACUGACUGAGCAUUUUACUGUGCGUAAAUUAUGGAUUUUCUAGAAACUUAUCGGUAAAAUACACAGGCGGGACCUAGCACUUUUUUAAAAAGACUUUCCACAAUGGAUUCCUUUACAAAAGAGAGCGUGCCGGAAGAUAAUUCGGAAGUGGCGGAGAAACCAAAGGAAAUAACGCACAAACUUUCGGCCGCCAUGAUAGAAUCUGAUAGCCUCACCAGCAAUACAAGUAUGGAAAGUGAAUACAGCGACCAGAUUUAUAAUUCUACAGCCAAGAAUAUAGCACACAUAUGGCCGAUGAUAUCAGAGCCUGGAAAAAAGCAAACUGAAGAAAAGUCGGAAAGAACUGCACCAACCGAAAACACUGACCCAUCUCCUGCUGACGAACGGACGCCAAUAUUACAGUACGGGACUAUUUACACCCGAUCAAGCGGAUUGCGUACCACUGCAAACGAAGAAGAAGACGAUUCUGACGAAGAAGAAGUAAACACAGCAGCAGCUUUUGACGAAAUAUCGCUCGGAAGUCAUCGGCAUAAGAGCAGCAUCCUUUACCGCGAUCGCAACUCAACGAACGCGACCCAUGGCGUCAAUGACUACAUAGCGUCUGUGGACAGCGACCUGUUUAAAUCGACCAAACAGAAGCGUACUCCCCGGAAAGAUAGCUCAACGUCUGACGAAGACGAUUUGGCGACAGGUGGCACCAUCUUGCGGCAAGGUUUGCUCCGCUCUGUCGACCAUCAACAUCGACGCGACAAAGCCAGGGACCAAACCAAGGCAACGAUCCUAGUGAUUAUAUCGUACGCGCUCAUAUGGACGGCCAACUCUGUUUCCGUCUAUCAGCUGUACAGAAUCAGCAGGUACUUCGACUUGAAUGACGACGUGGUGCAGCAAUUCUAUGCGGCCGCUGCAAUUGUUCCCGCCGUAUUUGGUGGUGCCCUGGCAGACGGAUUCGUUGGAAACUACAGCGUUAUUCUCAGCUGUUUCAUCACGCUUUUAGUGGGUCAUUCGGUGAUCAAUGUGGUUGUCUUUAUCCCAGACACACACUUGGAUUCGGAAGGAAAAGUUCUCGCCGCGGUCAUAGCAGUCGGAGUGUGUGCGGUGGCUCAUGGGACGCAGAGAGGGGUAUUACUUAGCUUUGCCGCGGCGCAGUGCGGCCGUAUGCAGAAUAAGCAAAGGGCGGCAAUAUACUGGAUCCAGUUCGGAUACGCCGCCGGGGACCUUUUAGUUCUUAUCACAAUGGACUUGCAGUUGCAUUUGUCGAAAGAAGCUUGGAACUCUUCGUCCCUGGUGCUCGGGCUGAAUAUGUUGCCAGCUUUGGUUUUCAUUCUAGUCUCACUUAUCAUUAUCAUAUGUGGAAAGGAUAUCUUCCUCGCCAAGCACAUCAAAGAUAAGUCAUUCAUCCAGCUGAUGAAGAGCGUCCUUACCAGAUAUCUCACACGAGAGUCCAUUGAGCGGAGUGGCCAAACCAUGACCGUAACAGAGCUUGAACAGCUGCUCAAAAGACGAGAGGAGCAGAGAGAGAAAAUCAAGGUCGUGUUCAAGAUACUCGUACUUCUGGCUAACAUCGUUCUCUUCCCACUGACUGCCCAACAGGCAGAAGAGAGCUUUUACUGGCAGGCAUCUUGCAUGACGCAUGUCGGGAAUUGGUCCAUUGACCAACCUUUGAACCUGUACUCUUACGUGUGGGAUGUCGUUAUGCUCACCAUGGUGCCAUUCCUCGUGCUCAAAGUGUUUCCAAGACUCCGACAAAAUGGAAAGGGUCAUUAUCCCUUAUUUAGACUAGGUUUAGCUGGCUUGUUUCUGGCAAUGUCAGUUGGGUCUGCGUUACUUUUGGAGCGAUAUCGUGCUCUUGCCUGCGUGGUUUCCAUUUCUGUGCUGUACCAAAUACCACAGUGGCUUUUUCUGUCUUUAGGGCAGUUGUUUGGGAUUGUCACGGCCAUGGAAAUAGCUUGCUUGGAGGCACCAAAGGGUGUCAGAGGUUUGCUACUGGGGUUGGGCUGGACGAGCUUUGGUUUAGCAACUAUGUUGGGGACCAAGUUUGACAACUUCGUAUUUUCUCUUUUCCCAGGUACCCCAUGCCACAUUAAUGGUAUAAACUGCAGAAAUUUUACCGAUGUAUUCCUUGGGCUGUUUAUUGUUCUUGCUGUGAAUUUUAUCUUCCUCGGAGCAGCCGCCUAUAUAUGGAAACAACCUCUGCCCAAACGAAGGCGGCCUCAUAAAUAAUAACAGUAAUACUAGGAAGGGGCAAAAUAUGACAUAAGAAUCGGUUUAUUGUGCAGAUGAAGGUCUUGAUAUGAGUCUCUUGAUGUUAAUUAUGUACAGGUAGUAUGAAUGGACCUGUGCUGAAAGGUUAGGCUGUAAAAAGUGUGUUACGUUACAAGUAAAAACAUCCUCUCGUAGCUGUAGAUAUAUCCUAGUUUCCGCCGGAUUGUCAACAAGUUUCUGUAUUGCCAUGUUUGUGAAAUUGCGGGGGCUUUUAUAUAUUGAAAUACAUUGGUACUAUCUGUGCUACUUUCUUGAAGAUAAAGACAAAGUUGACAUGGUACUAGUAGCUAUAUGACAGACAAACGCCCAGUGCAUCCCAGUGUGUCGAUAUAUUGACUGUAAAACAUUAUCAGUACAGUGAUUACGAUUCUUGUGAUUUAAGUGGUCGGCGCCCACUAUUGAAAACAUCUGUAUUUUACAUGUUGUAAACUAUGUUAUCAAAUCACCUCACUGAUAUGCAAACAUUAUUUAUAUUUUGUAAUCUAUUUGAGGUAUUGGAUUUUAAACUCUUGAGUAAUGAUCUAUUCACGUGCUUACUAUACUGGUGGUACAUUUAUUACAAAUUAAGAAUUACGUCAACGUUGUUUCAGUGACACUUGCGUCCCGCGCUCAAAUUGAAAACGAGUGUAAGUGAAAAUAAGUUUUUCACUUGUAAGUGCUUCACUUGUUGGUUAAAUAAAAGUUCUUCAAAGAA